AUGCAAGAAACCAUUUCUCUUGAUACACUCUAUGCGAACGAUGACAUUCCUAACGAACUCUACAUUCUUGUUCGCGACGGUUUAGCAGAUCAACUUGAUCGCCAACUAAAUAAUCUGUCGAAUCGAAUCGAAUAUUUGACCUAUGUGAGCUGGUAUGGGCAAGAACAGUUAAGUUUAUUAAUGGUAGCCGCUCUAUAUGGACACGAAAAUAUUGUUCGUAUUUUAUUUACACAUUGUGAACCACAAUAUCAAAUCGAACUCGAAGGAACAAUGUGCCUUGAUGAUCAGACAUCUCUCGAAGGUAUAACUGCUCUCUAUUGUGCAUGUUAUCGAGCACAUUUUACUGUUGCUCAACUGCUGAUCGACGUUGGUCGAGCAAAUGUCAAUCAUAGUACUUUCACUGAACCUUAUCAUCCUCUAUUAAUUCACGCUACUCGGAUGAAUCGUCUUGAUAUCGUUCAAUUUCUUAUUGAAAAUGGUUAUGUUGAUGCCAAUCAAACUAGAUCGACUACUCGCGCAAAAUCGACUGCAUUGGUUUGGGCCAUUCGGCGAAAUCAUCUAUCAGUUGUCAAAUAUUUACUUGAAAAGGGUGCUAAUGUCGACUACUAUUGUGAAGCGAACUUUUCAAGCAAAUUUACAACACCAUUGAUACUAGCUGUUCAUGAGGGUAAUUUGGAACUAGUUCGAAUGUUGUGCAAUGCUGGUGCAGACAUGACUGUUAAGAACAAAGCUGGUGAUACUCUACUUGCCAUUGCUGUCAAAAAAGAACAUUUUUCAAUUAUUCAUUUUCUACUCGAACAAUCUAUAGUUACCAUAGAUGAAGUUGAGCUUGGUAUUUUAUUCCUUAUUCAAAGUCGAUUUUUUCCUAUCGAUGAGAGUAAAUUGUACAAACAUUUACAUUGCGCUCUUCAACAACGUCUAGCAAUACAAAGUCCGAAAGUGCGUCGCCAACCAUUGCCUAUCUAUGACUAUCAUCAAGAAUGCCAAACUAUAGAAGAACUGAACUUGAUUAAAAAUGAUUCAAAUCGAAUUUGGAUCGAAGUAUUACUGGUUUUAGAACGUAUACUUCUUCCUCGAAAAGAUCCCAAGCUAACAAAAGCAUUGAAUGGCUAUAGUCAUUAUCUGUUAGCCAAAAAUGAAUUUGACAAAUGUCUCGCCCUAUGGAUUCAUAGUUUUUCUCUUUGCAAACAAAUGCAGCGUACAAUGAAUCUUUAUCCAUUUGUUCGGCUCUUUUGCAAGAUGAUCACAGCAGAGAAAAUUAUACCGAUUGAUCGAUUCAUUGAAAUCUUCGAACAUCAACCAGUUACUAAUACAGAACAAACACUUCUAUACAAUUGGGUUAGUCGUCUGUGUCAACAAUGGCAAAUGCCUUCAGAUCGACAAACGAUAGUUCAUCUGUGUAUCAGUGGUAGCAAUUAUGGACUUUCUCAUCGUUAUUCUCCGGAUACUGAACCUUAUCUCAGUUUUCCUAAUGAAUCUGCACUUCGACUGGUACUCGCUUGUGGAUAUCGUUGGCUUGAUUUGGAUGCUGUCGAAUCGUUGAUGAAUAAUACUGCACUUCAUCUGUUAUGUAAUGAAUCAGAAAAUCAAACAAUGAUUAAAUUACUCUUAAAUGCCGGUGCCCAUAUUGAUUGUAUGAAUCGUUAUGGACUCACACCAUUGAUGUAUGCGACUAGUCAGAAAACCAAAACUUUUCUAAAGUCGAAAUCAACUUCAACACGUCUCAAAUGUUUAUGUGCUCGUAUGAUCGCUAGUCAACGAUUGAAUACAAGUAGCCUUGGGCCAGCAAAAUCAAAACUGAACAUGUUUGUUUCACUACACGGAUUUUCAGUGACCGAAUCUGAUCAUAAAUGA